UCAUUUUGCCACAGUUCCAGGGCAAACGUUGCGAAACAUUAGGCUACUGCCGAGUCGACCGACCAACAACAAUCAGAGUUGAGAGUAUCGAUCUCGUUGCCAUUACAGUGACCCUGUUUGUUUGUGUGGUGGUCUCGUAACAAGCCACUGUGCGCAUACAGAUUGAUGCUACAUUGGGAGAAAUGACUUCUCAGUAGAUUCGCAGAAAUGUUUGAACUUUGUUUGUAAAGGGUGUUCGUAAACUUACAUAUUGCGAGAUUGACUUGUUUGAAAAGUUAUCUCUAUUAGACAAUAAAUCUCGGUCUCUGUGUUAACAUCCUUCGAAUAGAAUAGCCUACGUUUAACAAAUUGUUGUUGGUGCUGGAAGACAGAUUUAGCCAGACUCACCACACUGUUAUGGUUUGCUUGGCCUUAAACAUGAUUACCCCGUAUGUGUAAAACAUGACUCUAUUUCACAUUAAGGAACGAAUCACCACAAUCUUUUUUGUUUUAAGAAACAUGUUAUUGUCCAAUGGGAACCUUACUCACCAGCACGACAUAGUCUCUUAGAUGAAAUAGUGUUUUUAUUUUUUUAUGUCCCUUUUCUGCCCUCAUUAUGUAUCAAAUAGUACAGGGAACUGUAGGGGAUCUGUACCCUGGUCCCUUCACAAAGCCCCCUAAGCAGAAGAAAUGGGGUCGACAAGGCCGUCCAAUGAUAUUCGCAAUUGUCCUGGGAGUGGUGUUAGUGAUGGCAGCCAUAGUAGCAUGGUGCUACUACAGUGCUUCUCUGCGCAGAGCAGAGAUCCUCAAAGCUGAAUUACUGGACCUGAAGAAGGAUGGGUUCAUUAUCCACAAUCAAGAGGGUGACGUCAUCUUCAGAAUGUUGUUCAGGUCGGGGUCUCUUGAUCUGGACUCAUGCUCUAAGGAGGAUGGAAUACUUCGCUGUGACCAGUCGGACACAGGGAAACUGAACUUCUUCGUCCAGACCGUCCGGCCAAAGGACACGGUGAUGUGCUACCGGGUGCGCUGGGAGGAGCUGGAAGAAGGCCGCUCUGUAGAGCACGCCAUGUCCUUCAACGGCUCCCACUGGUAUGGAGGCGCGGAGCGAGCCGUCCAGCACUGGCCCGUGUCUGUGGAAGGUAAGGAAUCCCCCAAGCCGUUCAUCACCGGCGACGUGUACUCCAACCGCCAGGACUUUGGUAGCAUUCUGGAGCGCUACUGGCUCUCGGCCAAUGCCACCGCCAUAAAGAUUAACGACUCCGUGCCUUUUCACCUUGGCUGGGACGACGAGGAGAAGGUUCUUCGCUUCCAGGCGCGGUAUAAUGACAGCCCUUACAAACCACUGCCCGGAGAGGCGGCGCACGCCGAGCUGAGCUAUCGCGUGUGUGUCGGCCGCGAUGUCACCUCCAUACACAAGUACAUGGUCCGGCGGUACUUCAACAAACCCAACAAGGUUCCGUCCGCAACGGUGUUCCGCCAGCCAAUUUGGUCCACGUGGGCCUUGUACAAGACCAAAGUGGACCAGGAGAAGAUCCUGCAGUACGCAUCAGACAUCCAGAAGUACGGCUUCAACUGUAGCCACCUGGAACUCGAUGACCGCUACACCAGCGGUUACGGCGAGUUCGAGUUUGACCCGGUGAAGUUUCCCAACGUCUCGACCAUGUUUCAGAGUUUGAAGGACGAUGGUUUUCAUGUCUCUCUGUGGACCCAUCCCUUCAUUAACUAUGAAUCCACCAACUUUGACAUCGGAGUGAAGAGGGAACUGUUUGUCCGAGAGCCCAGUGGACAGCUCCCUGCUUUAGUCCGCUGGUGGAACGGUAUCGGGGGCAUCCUGGACUUCACCAACCCUGAGGCCCGUGAAUGGUUUGCUUCCCAUCUCCGAGGCCUUAAAACCAAGUAUGGGGUUACCUCAUUUAAGUUUGAUGCAGGAGAAACCAACUACCUACCAAAGCAGUUUAGCACCUACGCACCCUUGCAUGACCCCAGCACCUUCACACGUCGCUACACAGAAAUGGCCAUUCCGUACAACGACCGUGCCGAACUUCGGUCUGGCUACCAGUCCCAGAACAUCUCCUGCUUCUUCAGGAUUAUAGAUCGGGACUCUGUGUGGGGUUACGACCUUGGUCUCAAAUCCAUCAUUCCUACCGUCUUGACCAUUAGCAUCCUGGGCUAUCAGUUCAUCUUACCAGACAUGAUUGGUGGUAAUGCCUAUCCAAACCACACUGUUGGGUCCCAGGACACUAUGGGGUCCACAUUUCUGCCUGACCGUGAGCUCUAUAUCCGUUGGCUGGAGCUGUCUGCCUUUAUGCCGGCCAUGCAGUUCUCCAUCCCUCCAUGGGCUUACGAUGACGAGGUGGUGGAGAUUGCACGGAAGUUCACCGCGCUCCACGAAACCCUGGUGGCUCCACGAGUGCUGGAGCUGGCCGGGGAGGUGCUGCACACUGGAGAUCCCAUCAUCCGCCCUCUCUGGUGGAUCGCCUCAGAGGACGAGGCGGCGUACAAGAUAGACUCUCAGUUCCUCAUUGGGGACGACUUAAUGGUGGCUCCCGUGCUGGAGCCAGGUAAGCAGGAGAGGGAUAUCUACCUUCCUGCUGGCAAAUGGAGAAGCUACAAGGGGGAGCAUUUUGACAACUUGAAGGGUCCCAUCUAUCUUACUGACUACCCUGUAGAUCUAGAUGAAAUAGCAUAUUUUGUGUGGGCAGGCUAAACAGUCCAUUAACUAUUGUCUUAGGGUUUUCUUGUUGUUUUUGCCAUUCCAUCAACAUCAGUUGAAAUGCUAGACCUUUUAUUUGUGACAACACUCCUGUGAAACUAUGUGGUGUUUUCUUUUCCCAGCCCUCAUGAUUUUUCAAUAUUCGUAUGCCUUUUAUUCUUAUGCCUUAUCAUUGAAAUACAAACACGUUUGAAAGUGAAAAGCACAACUAUUUAUAUUUAUUGAUUUUAACUUGAAAAGAUAAAUGAAGUACACAAGAAAUGGACAAGAACAUGCUGUCAUCACAUUGUUUACUUCUGCUGUGUUCCUUAAAUGUUAACUCCACUGUCAAUUUUGAAUAAUACUGAAACAAUGUGUCAGAAAACUAAAUUUCUGAAGUUACUGUGCCAUCAUUCUAUGGAACGAGUAUUUUUUUUUCUGUUUUGAUUAAUGGAUAUAAUUAUCUGCUGAUGUUUAGUAAAUACCUCAUUCUGUGUUUGUCUUAAUGUAACUUUACCUUGUCUCAUGUCUCUUGUGUGGACAGUUUUCCUUUUUACCAUUUAAUUUAUUUUUUAAAAGAGGAAACAUGAAGUCAUCUUUAAUGUGCCAGUAAUACCUUCAUUGCUGCCAAAGUAAUGUCUGACAUAGUUCUAUAUCAGUGUAAGUGUCCCAUUUAUGGUGAAUUGGAACACUCCUAAGCCUUUGUGCAUUUUCUAUGAGCCACUGUUCAAAGUGACCUUUAUUUAUGCAUGGGAUGACAAGUGAUAAAGGGAAUUGCAUGACUUGAUACAUUUUUCAUUUGUAUUAUCUUUUGGAUAAAGGACCUGCAGUUUUAUACUCCAGAUACUCCUAGGACCUAUGAGGUAUUCUAAAUUAUUGGUAUUAUGUUCUGUUCAUUCUCUAUAUAUUAUUUUACACAAAAACACAUUUUUUUAAUCUCAUCAAAUAGUGUUGACUGUAUAUUUUGGAUUAAAUUGCCUACACUAUGCAUACAUUUAGACUUACACACCUGACAGGAACUUGGGUUAGAUGAAGAGUUGUACAUACAGUCUUUCCAAACAAAAGUGAACAAGAAAAUAUUAUUUCAUUGUGAUGUUGGUGUUGUGGGACCACACUGGAAAGUAGUUCUCUAAUCUUCUACUGAAUAAUAAGUGAGAAUGUAAACUGCACUGGGAUGUACAGCAACUGUUAUUGAGUUUUAAAUGUUGCAAAUAUUGCACCUUUUCAUGGCUUUUCGCCAUGUAAUAGGACAACAGCUUAGGUGUGCCUGUACACCAGUCUGAAGUAAAGUAAUGUGAAAGAAUGCACUAACCUCUGCAUACUGAUUCAGGGCCAUUCUUGUCCUGACAGUGAUAAUUUUCAUUUUGUUGGGAGCUAAAUGGUUGGGGAAUAAAGGGAUUUUAUUGUAAUUAUGUUUGUUUUAAUCCAGUCAAUAAAUGAUUAUUUGUUAU